AUGCCACAAGCCCGUCAGUUGGUAAAGGAGCUGUGGAAACGUAGUUUGACAUUGCCGGACUCCAACGUCAUAAAACUAAUUCAAAUAAGUCAGAUACUUCAUGAUGCUGCAAAAUUAGGGAAUGUUGAGUUUCUUACUCUGCUUACUGACUCAUAUCCUGGUCUUUUUUGGGAAGUCAACAAAGAGUAUCACUCCAUAUUUCAUGUUGCUCUUAUUAACCGACAAGAGAAAGUGUUCGAUCUCAUCUACCAGAGUGGAGCUGUUAAGGAUUUAAUUGCACUCUAUAAGGAUGAUGAAGGAAACAACAUUUUGCACUUGGCUGGGAAAUUAGCACCUCCAAGCAGACUCAAAAUUGUAUCUUUAGCAGCUUUUCAAAUGCAGAGAGAGCUACGAUGGUUUGAGGACGUGAAAAAGAUUGUACCAUCUUCAUUCCUCCAUAUGAAAAACAAAGCCGGGUUAACACCAAGGGAGUUAUUUUCAAAGGAGCACGAGGCUUUAAGGAAAGAAGGUGAGGAGUGGAUGAAAAGUACAGUAUCUUUUUGCUUGGUCGUGGCAACUUUAAUUGCCACAGUCGCGUUUGAUGCAGCCCUAGCUAUAUCUGCUGGGAAUAACCAAGAAUCAGGCACUCCUUUUUUAUUGAAAGAUAGGCAGUUCAAAGUUUUUGUUAUAUAUAAUGCGCUGGCAAUGUUCAGCUCGACAACCUCCAUAAUGAUAUACUUGUCUAUCUUAAUUUCACCCUUUGUAGAAGAUGAUUUUCUACGUUCAUUACCGAUAAAGUUGAUGUUUGGACUAAUUUCAGUCUUAGCUUCACUUGGUUGCAUGAUCGUGACAUUUAGUGCAACCGUCUUCUCGGUCUACAAUGAGGAAAAUCAGGGGCCCUUGCGAGGACUUGUUGCUGGUCUUGCUUCGCUUCUAAUCAUUAUAUGUACAAGGUUAAAUUAUAAGUUCUUGAAGACCAUAUUCUUCCCGACUGGCUGGCCGGCUUCGCUCACGUUUCAACCAGACAGGUACGGGCUUUACUAA